GAAUUAACACUCUUUCAACGAGCAAUAAUUCUUACUCUUGUUGAAAAUGAAUGUUCUCAACAUCAAGUUGCUUGGACAAUAAGAAUUUCUCCUUCAACAGUAUCUAAAAUCGUGAAAAAGUUUAAAGAAACAGGCAAAAUUGAUGAUUUGCCAAGGUCGGGUCAUCCUAAAAUUUUUUCUUCUGAUGAAGAAAAAUUAAUAUGUGAAAUGAUUAUCCCAGGGCAAUAUGAAACAGCAGUUGAUGUGCAUGCAAAGUUUUGUUGUGAAACAAAUAAAGAGAUUGAAUUAGUCGAAAGAACUUUAAAUUCAGUAGGAUAUAUUAAUAUUCUUAAUGAUUGUUUAUUAGAUAUGCUAGAAUCAUAUGAAUACGACGAGGAUGAAAUGAUUUUUCAGCAUGAUAAUGCUAGAAUACACAUGUCAAUUGCAACAAAAGCAUAG